UCUAUGACAACGUGGAGCAGGCGGGGUCUAUUAUACGGAGUCUCAGUUGGCAUCACGGCUGCAAACCUCCACACUGCAUCACGCCCUGAGUGGAAUGGAAGAACAGGACAAGAAAGAAAAUGGGGAGUACAGCGGAGGGAUAAAGGGAGGGCUGCGGCCUUCCAUGAAGCUGGUCGUUAUGGGAAUUAUAAACCGUAAACCCAAGAGCAUGGAGGUGGUCCUGUCCUGCGCUCCUCAGGAGGAGGAUGAGGAGGCGGAUGUUGGUCUCCAGUUGAAGGUGAGCUUCAAGGAGAAGGCCGUACAGAGAAACGCUCGUGUGGCCGGGAAGUGGGGGCGACCUGAAACUACACUUUCCUACUUCCCCUUUGCAGCCGGAGAAUCCUUCAAGAUGGAGAUCGUUUGUGAGCACCAGCAGUUUCGUAUUCUAAUAGACGGUCAGCCUCUGUGCAACUUCACACACAGAGUCAUCCCCCUCGCCUCCCUCACCGCCUUACACGUCUCCGGAGACCUGCAGCUCACCAAGGUGGCCUAGCACCAAUGAAGAAGAAGGAGGACAGUAUACAUACGUUUAACUACUUUUUGGAGUGAGUAAUUAGCCCUUAAUGGGGAAAACAAAGUGACACCUGCCUCGUAAUCACGUGUUAAGUGCCUUCACUAGAUUACCUGUUGGGGACGUAACGACUGAAUGUCUUAAGAUAAACGGAGGAAUGUGAUCUGUGCUCUAAGCUGUCAUUUCUCCCCCCUUCCUGAUGUGCAGACAUGAUGUGUCCCUGCUAAACAAACUAAAAAGCACUUAAGAGGAUUAGGGACACGUGACUCUUUUACAAGAUAUGACCAAAGGUUUUUGAGUUCAGAGAUUACAGACACAAUUCAGAUUUUCUGAGAAAAGUUACAAUUCUAAAGUUAAAUUUGAAAACUGAAUUUCGAAACAUUUUUUUGAAUUUUUAGGGAAAAAAUCUGAACUUUUAGGAAAAUAAUCUUCAUAUUUUUUUUCAAAUUUAGGAUUUAAUCUCAUAAUUCUCAAUGAAUUUUGGGGGAAAUUAGUUUUUUAAUCUGGGUAAAGUCUAAAUACUGAAUCUCAGAAAUCUUAGAAAAAGUCAGAAUUUCGAGAAAAAGGUCUGAAUUUAAUCUCAGAAUUCCCCAAAAUGUAAUUCACUUCUGGUCACAUCUUUAAAAGAUGUUCUCGUGGUCUUCUGCAAAAUAGAAAUGCUGCAUCAUUUGUUUAAAUCUAGAAGUGGAUCUCUCUGGAGUUAACCUCUGAAAGCACUUACGUUUACGAGCGCCUGCAUGAAGAUGAAUGUUUCCGGACUGAUUGUAACUCCGUGCCCAAAUAAGUUCUGUAAGGUGGAAUAAUAAUGAUGUUGUUUAAAUUAGUGCAUGUUAGUGAAGAAGAAGCGCAGAAAAUGUCCUGCAUUGUUGUAGGUGUCCCACGUUUAGAAGACGUUUUAAAGGAAGUUUUUUGGACAUUGAAAUUGAUAUAACAGGCUCUGGAUUCUGUAAACAUUAGGAUUACUUUGUCCCACUUUUUAUUAUUGUAUAAUCAUCACUUUUGCAAAGCUCCUAACAGCUGUGUGUAAUUUAUUUAACCCCUAGCACUUUUUACAGGAAUGUUUCAUAUUGACUUCACUGCAAUAAAUCAUUUUGUUGA